AUGAGGAUUGCAACCCUCCAGUUCGCGCCGAAGCUGGGCGAUGUCAAGGGCAACAUUGAGAAAGCAAAUGCUUUACUAAAGUCUGGCAAGUCUCUUGCUGUGAAUGGAAAAAAUCUUGGGAUUGGAGCCGAGCUAUUGAAGCCUGAUAUAUUGGUACUGCCUGAGUUGGCGUUGACGGGUUAUAACUUCCCGUCUUUGGAAGCGAUCAAAGCAUAUGCUGAGCCAGCUGGGGAUGGCCCCUCUGCCUCAUGGGCUCGCGAAACCGCCAAGCGCCUGCAAUGCAAGGUUUGCGUAGGAUAUCCAGAGAUCGAAAGGGAUUCUGAAAAGCCUGAUCAAGUCACAUACUAUAAUUCGCUUCUUAUUAUCGACAAGAACGGAGACUUCACCCAUAACUAUCGCAAAACCUUCUUGUAUGACACCGACGAAACAUGGGCGGCUGAGGGUCAAGCUGAGCGAGGCUUCCAUCACCUUGAAUUUUCUUCCCAGGGCAAAGCUUCCACUUCGGAAAGCCUCGGGAAAGAAAACCAGCAAAUAUCAUCCGGGCAGCAAGAAAAGCGGGUCGCGACUUCAUUUGGUAUCUGCAUGGAUAUCAAUCCGUACAAAUUUGAGGCACCUUUUGACAAAUGGGAAUUCGCAACACGAGUCCUUGACUCCAAGUCCCAGCUUGUAAUUUUGUCUAUGGCCUGGUUGACUCUGCUCAGCCGUGAAGAACUUGAUGCCCUCAAAAACAAACCCGAGAUGGACACUUUCAACUAUUGGCUUCGGCGCUUCUGGCCCCUGCUACAAAAGAAGAUGGAGCACAAGGUAGACAUUGACGGCGGAGAGGCGGCAGAUUCUCCGAAGAAGAUCAUCAUCGUCUUUGCCAAUCGGUCGGGCGAGGAGCCACCGACAGAAGAUACCAAGCCACCGGCGCGAUAUGCGGGCACAAGCACUAUCAUUGCUGUGACGCAACGGGCCCCUCCAAAUGCCACCAAAAAAGAGGCGGAGUCAGGUGCGCAGAUCCCUGAUGAACAAAGUGAGACAGAGGACGUAGGCAACCCAUUCGAUGUGAAGAUACUUUGCUGGGACAUGCUAGGCGCGUCUGAGGAAGGUAUUUGUUUCGCAGAUACCACGGCAGAUCCACGAAUGGUGUUUGGACUGAAAAAGGCGUCUGAGUGA